AUGGCGGCGACAGCGAAGAAGACUGAUGUUAGGAACAUCAACGAUCUUGAGAAGGAAGGAAUCGAGUUGAAGAUCAGCCCUGAGACUCAAAAGACGGGAUGGAAAAUAAACACUUCCCCCUCGACGGUAGACGACCCGGCCGUCCUAAAGGAGCUCCUCACCACUCCUGCGGUCAAGAGGAUUGACCUUCAGUUCCCCCUCGGAAUCGAGGUGACUGCCCGUAAUCUCAAGGGCGUCACGAUCAAGGAUGCGUUAGACGCAAUUCACAAGGCCUAUAAGAAGAGGGCUGACGACGAGUUGGAUAAUCCCUACCUCGCUGGUUUCGAGUGGGACAAGGAGGAGUCGUGGACGAAACUCAUUGUGCAUCUCUCCAAGACUUCCAGUGCCCCCAUAGAAAAGAAGAAGAAGAAAUAA